AUGCCGUCUUCCGAACAUGAGCGCGAUGGCAAUGCUCUCGAAGCUGCACCCCCAUUGCCUGCCGCUACCGAAGAGCCAUUCACAAUAUUCGACAAGAGGCAAAAGUGGUUCAUCGUCUUUCUCGUUUCCGUCGCCGCAACCUGUACGUCUCCCUCCCCCAAGUGCUCCCUCCCCCAAGUGCUCCCUCCCCUCGCGUCCAACAUCUACUUUCCCGCGCUGCCAGCCGUCGCCGCCGACCUCGACGUGUCGAUGGAGCUCGCCACGCUCACCGUGACCUCGUACCUCGUGCUGCAAGGCCUGGCACCCAGCCUCUGGGGUCCCGUGUCCGACGUGCGCGGUCGUCGCGUCGCCUACCUCGGCACCUUCCUCGUAUUCCUCGGCGCCUGCGUCGGCCUUGGGCUCACCCGGAACUACGCGACGCUGGUCGCGCUCCGGUGCCUGCAGAGCGCCGGCAGCGCGAGCACCAUCGCGGUCGGCGCGGGCGUCGUCGGCGACGUGACCACGCGCGCGGAGCGCGGCGGCUUCAUGGGCGUAUUCCAGGCCGGCCUGCUGACGCCCGUCGCCGUUGGGCCUGUGGUCGGCGGCGCGAUCGCGGGCGCGCUUGGCUGGCGCGCCGUCUUCUGGUUCCUGGCCGCGUACAGCGGCGCUUUCCUGCUGGCGCUCGCCGCGGCCCUGCCGGAGACGCUGCGCUCGCUGGUCGGCAAUGGCAGCGUCGUCCUGGAAGGCAACUGGCUGGCGCGGUACCCGCUGGGGGUGUAUCAGAGGACAACGAGGGUGCGCUGGGACCGGAGCGCACCGCCAGCGGCGCUCCCGCCGCCGAGGCGCAUCGACGUGCUAGGCCCGCUGCGCAUACUCGGCAGCCGGUGCGCGACGCCGAUCAUCGUGUUCCUGGCUGUUUACUACACCGUCUGGCAGAUGAGCAUAACGGCCAUGUCGUCGCUGUUCAAGGAGCGCUACGGGCUGAGCGAGAUGCAGAUCGGCCUCACCUUUAUCGCCAACGGCGUGGGCUGCGUCGUCGGCACUCUCGUCACCGGCCGGAUCCUCGAUGCUGAUUAUCGCCGCUUCAAGACCAGGCUGGCGGCUGCGUGGGGCGGCACCGACGGCGACGAAGCCAGCUUCCCCAUAGAAAUGGCACGCCUGCGGCUCAUCCCCGUCUUCUCGAUCUUGCAGUGCCUGUCCCUCCUCCUCUUCGGCUGGACCGUCCAGUAUCCGCGCAGCGUGCCCAUCGCGAUACCCAUUAUGUCGACCUUUGUCACCGGCUGGACCGCCAUCUCCACGCAGUCCAUCAUCACCACCUACCUCGUCGACGUAUUCCCCGACCGCAGUGCUGCGGCGACCGCCAGCCUCAACCUCGCGCGGUGCCUGUUCGCCGCUGGCGGCACGAGCUUCAUCAUGCCGAUGAUUUCUGGCCUCGGCGUGGGAUGGACCUUCACCGUCUGCGUGGCCGUGCAGCUCGUGGCGUUGAUCGGACCGCUUGUGCAGUACCGAUAUGCCGGUAAGUGGAGGAUGGAAAUGGAAAAGGAAGCGGAAAAUUCAUCGAAAGUGUAG